GCGAUCCACAGACAGAUGCAACAUGGCUCCGUGAACGGGGAGUACUUAUAUAUGAAGAGUUCCAUCUAAAUACGUGGCUUUGCGAGUAUUUAGAUUGGCUCAGCUGCACACCCAUACUUUUCAUUUUCGCACCCAGUUAUGAGUUCUGCCGAAGAGUCGUCACAAGUAGGAUCGAAGAACGAAGGGGUGCUAUCGGAGGAGCUGGCAGAGGGCAUAGACUACUCGUCGCCUUCUCACCAAGAAAUAUCCAAGCUCAGAGAAGCUGUGUUCUUAUUCCUAUUGUGCUUAUCGCAGCUCAUCACCCAGAUCUCAGUGGGUCAAACAAUGGGUACUGGUAAUUAUAUUGCCAGGACAUUUCAUGUGGAGGGCAUGCCUGGCGAAAUGGCCUGGUUUACCGCAGCGUUCUCUUUGUCGGUGGGAACUUUCAUAUUGAUCUCAGGUCGCCUUGGUGACAUGUACGGCUACAAGACCAUGUACUUGAUUGGCUACGCUUGGUACGCGGUAUGGUCUUUGGCUACUGGAUUCGCAGCCUUCGUACCAAAUCGAAUUUUUUUUCAGACAAUGAGGUCCAUGCAGGGUAUAGGACCUGCCAUAAUGAUGCCAAAUACUCAGGCACUAAUUGGAUCCUAUUUCCCGGAUGGCACCAAAAAAUUCGUCUACUUGUCACUUUUCGGAGCUGUUGCCCCUUCAGGAUUUGUGAUUGGAUCGUUGCUAUCAGGCACAUUUGCGCAAUUGGUCUGGUGGCCCUGGACGUUCUGGCUCUCUGGAAUGGGCUCGGUGCUUGCAGCAGUGAUUGCCUUCUUUAUCAUCCCCAAACACAUUGGCCAUAAAUCAUACGGCUCGUUCGACUGGUACGGAUCCGUCACUGGUGUUUCGGGGUUGAUCCUAAUCAAUUUUGCCUUGAAUCAGGGCCCCAAUGUAGGGUGGGACACACCCUACGUAUAUGUCCUCCUCAUAGUGGGUGUAUUAUUCAUGGGGGCUUUCUACUUGAUCGAAAAGAGAGUAGCUAAUCCGUUGGUUCCCCCAGACGUUCUUAGGGGAGAUACUGGAUUUGUUCUUGGGUGCAUCACUGCUGGUUGGGCGUGCUUUGGAGUUUGGCUUUAUUACACAUUCAGAUGGAGUAUCGAAGUCGACCAUCUCUCUCCUGUUCUUGCAGCCGCCCAAAUUUCGCCUGCUAUCAUCACCGGCUACAUAGCAGCCCUCGCAUCUGCUUACUUACUCCAGACCAUUUCCCUGUCAUAUGUGAUGGUUAUAUCCAUGUGUGCUUUUUUUAUUGGGUGCACCCUACAAGCAACUCGACCAGUGGGUCAGAUCUAUUGGGCGCAAAAAUUCUUCAGCUUUCUUAUUGCAUCCAUGGGGAUUGACCUGUCGUUUCCUUCAGCGUGCAUUAUUUUGAGCCAGGCCCUUCCAAGACAUCGGCAAGGAAUUGCAGGCUCGUUAGUUUCUACAUUUGUCAACUAUUCCAUUUCUGUAGGAAUUGGAUUGGCUAGUGCGGUGGAAGUUUACACAACUAAAAAUAAGACCCCGUCGUUCAAUACCACUGUCACUGGAAUGCGUAAUGCAUUCUACUUGGGAAUGGGAUGUGCUGGUUUUGGGAUAGUCUUAUCAGUUAUUUUUGUGGUGAUACAGUUUAGGGCCAAAAUGAAGAAAGAAAGAACCAGUGGCCUCCAGUGA